AUGGCUGAUCCUGCUGCUGAUUCCGCUGCGGCUGAUGCUGCUGCUGAUGCUGCUGCAACUACACCAGCUCCUUUGAUCCAGGGUGCAGCGGGGCUGAAAAUUGCCCAUGUGGAAGCCCCGGCUGUUGAGGAAAAUGAACGACGAACACGGAGCGGCAAAUUUACCCUCAGACAGCUACGCCAGACGGACGGCCUCGUGCCGCUACAGUCUGGUACCAAUCAAUUUGACUCACAAAAAAAAGGAAUGACGGGUUUUGGAACGCCUCGUGAUGUUCGAGGCAAACACUUGAAACGCUUAUGGGAGCUGGAAUUCCCGGAAGAAGCACUGGACGAAUCACGGAAUGGAACAUCUCCGGAUGCUGCGCCACCAGCUGAAGAGCAAGAGCCCCGGAAGGUGCCACCAGUUGCACCACCAAAACCAUCCCAGUAG